GGACAACGUACGACGGCAUCGUUUUUAUUAUAAUUCAUUCAUUCAUUCAUCACUAAUUCUAUACUCUGUGAGUAGAUCCAACUGACAAACAAAAUGGCCAAAAUCAUCCUGUCCGUCAAUGCAGGCUCGUCGUCUGUCAAGAUGACGUUCUACAGAUCCCAGAACCCUCCAGUGCCGAUCGUAGACGCUCAAGUCUCGGGAAUAACAUCGCCGCCACAGACACUCAAAUACAGCAAGAGUUCCGGCGAUAAAAAGGAGAAGCUCGAUGAGACCCUCGAUACCCCGCCCAAAGCAUUCAAGUACUUGUUAGAGCGAUGUCUGUCUGAUGCGGAGAUCUCGGAGAUAGCGAACGUCGACGAUUUGGCCUGCAUCUGCCACAGAGUAGUACAUGGCGGAGACUAUACAGAGGCGAUUGUGAUAGAUGACUCGACGUACCAUCGUUUGGAGGAGAUUGAGGACCUGGCCCCGCUACACAACUUCUCAGCUCUAGAAAUCAUUCGCACAUGCCGAAAAGAGUUACCCAACGUGAAAAACAUUGCGCAUUUUGACUCGGCCUUCCACCGGAGCCUACCACUACAUGUUCGCACGUACCCCAUCGACCAGGAGGUCGCAGAGAAGAGAGGAUUGCGCAAGUAUGGAUUUCAUGGAAUCAGCUACUCGUUCAUUCUUCGAUCAGUCGCGCAGUUCCUCGGCAAGCCGAAGGAACAAACAAAUCUUAUCGUCAUGCAUAUCGGGAGCGGAGCAUCGAUUUGUGCUAUCAAGGAUGGGAAGUCUAUAGAUACCUCCAUGGGACUGACCCCCUUAGCUGGACUGCCGGGGGCCACUCGAAGUGGCGAUAUUGACCCUAGUCUCGUAUUCCACUAUACAAGCAACGCUAGUAGUCUCAGUCCUGCAAGCACGAAAGAAAUGCACAUCAGCACAGCAGAAGAAAUUCUCAAUAAGAAAUCCGGCUGGAAAGGGCUGACAGGUACCACGGACUUUGCGCAAAUAGCAGUCGAGAACCCACCGACGGAAAACCACAAGCUCGCCUUUGAUAUCGUCGUUGAUAGGAUAUCCGGAUAUUUAGGCAACUACUACGUCAAGCUCCAAGGCCAGUUGGAUGCAGUAGUGUUUGCCGGUGGUAUUGGAGAGAAGAGCGCCCUGCUACGUCGAGCGGUUACUCAACAAUGCAACUGUCUUGGAUUCGACGUUGAUCUGGAGAAGAAUGAGAAAGGGAUUGCCAACGACAAUUCAGUGACCGAUGUCACCAAGUCGGACAAGGGGCCGCGAGUUUUGAUAUGUCAAACGGAUGAACAGUUCGAGAUGGCUUACCAUACCCUUGAGGAGCUGAAGAUGGUGUGAAACGUUUCCUACUUGGCGGUGAUUUCAGCAAGGCGUGUAGUACAUAAUCUUGGAUACUUAUUGUGCAAUUUGAACUUGGCCAUAGAUGAAUAUCCGAGAAUCAUAUUCUCGACUUUGCCUGGCACCCAUUCAUUCAAACCCACGCCAUUGGGAGUAUGCACAGUGUUACCAACUCCCAGUCAAUUUCCCGAAUUGGAACAUGUUUCGGAUUCAGCUCUCUUUACCACCACCUUGAAAUCGGGCUAUAAAAUACACUUUC